UGCUACAAACAAGUUUGACUUUGUUAAUCCUUGUAGGCAGCAGCUCUGGACGAUACGUCAGUUCAGGGCCCAGUCUGAGAAUGGACCAGGCUUUGUUAACUUUUCAUAACCAGCUGAAAGAAGAGGUGCAGGUUUUCUACACAUCUGAUUACUGCUACAAGUGUGUGUACCAGCAUUUGGCCAGUGUGAAACCCAACAACAACAAUGCAUCUGUGGUGAUCAGCACUAAAUUCACUCUGACUGUGCAGGUGGAACCACAGACCAGGAACUCAACUCUGUGCAGAUGGAGUCAGAAAUAUGGAGAAGGUGGUCAUUACUCUGUUUGGAUCCAGAUGUCUGAAGCCACCAGUGAUCCCAGCUGUGCUCACACUGUGGCCAAAAGACCAAACAACGCAUACCUGCCUCUUUUGGUUUCUGCUCUCCUACUGGCCAUAAUUGCUCUCUUGGUUGUUGCGGCACCCUACAUCUACAGGAGGCGUCGUACAUCAAAUUUCUUUAAGACCAUUUGCUGCCAAUGCACUCAGUACUCGGUGGAUAAUGAUGGAGCGCAUUCUUCUGAAGCCGAGCUGGACAUCACCAAAGCCAAACCAACACGUUUGCGCUCACUGGACACUUUCCGAGGGUUUGCCCUGACAGUGAUGGUGUUCGUGAACUACGGUGGAGGAGGCUACUGGUUCUUUCAACAUGCACCAUGGAAUGGUUUAACUGUGGCGGACCUUGUCAUGCCGUGGUUUGUGUUCAUCAUUGGUACCUCAGUGGUCUUGGCUUUCAGAUCCAUGCACAGGAGAGGGCUGAGCCGCCUCCAGCUGCUGCGCAAAAUCACCUGGAGAACCGUCGUCCUCCUGAUGCUCGGCUUCUGCUUCCUCAACUACUCACCAAGAGAUGGACCACUGUCCUGGUCGUGGCUGCGGAUCCCUGGAGUGCUGCAGCGUCUGGGCUUCACCUACUUUGUUCUGUCUCUGCUGCAGACUUUCUGGAGACAGACAGAAAUCCCACUGACAUCGUAUCACUGGUGGAACCCCAUCCAGGAUGUGGUCUUGUAUUGGCCCCACUGGCUGAUAAUCAUCCUGCUGGAGACUCUGUGGCUGUGCAUCACCUUCCUCAUGCCAGUGCCCAACUGCCCCACAGGGUAUUUGGGAGCUGGUGGAAUCGGUGAUAAUGGUCUUUACCCAAACUGCACUGGAGGCGCUGCAGGACACAUUGAUAGGUUGAUGUUUAGCGAUAACAUGUACAGAUACCCCACGUGCAAAGAAUUGUAUCAGACCACACAGCCCUUUGACCCAGAGGGGGUUCUGGGCACAAUCAACUCCAUCGUCAUGGGAUUCCUGGGAAUGCAGGCUGGGAACAUCAUCAUUUUCUACAAGGUCCGUAUCCUCCGUCGAUUUCUCGUGUGGGCCGUCAUCCUGGGAAUCUCCGCUGCCAUCCUUUCUAAGUGCACACGAGACGGAGGAUUUAUACCUGUCAAUAAAAACCUUUGGUCGUUGUCCUAUGUGACAUGUAUGGGCUGUUUUUCCUUCCUGCUGCUGGCAGCAAUGUACUUUGUCACUGACAUCAAGGGCUGGUGGGGCGGACAGCCGUUCAUAUACCCAGGGAUGAACUCCAUCUUUGUGUAUGUCGGCCACUCUCUCCUGGGUUUCUACUUCCCGUUCAGCUGGGAGAUGCACGUCCAGCAGAGCCACUGGGAGUGGCUCUUCCAAAGCCUGUGGGGGACCGCACUGUGGGUGCUCAUCGCCUACCUGCUCUACAGGAAGAAUUUCUUCCUGAAAAUAUAAACAGAGUGAUUAUCUGUCCCUGUCCUACUGGGAGGGACACCAUUAUAUUAACAGUUAACCAUCUCUUCAGAUAUAAUGAUGCUAAUGUCAACUGAUGAAUUACGCAACAAAGAAAAGGUUCCGUUUUCUAUUCAUCCAACACAAGCUGUAGCACAGUGGAACAUGAGAACAUGUUCAUCCAUGAAACCCAUUCAAUCAACACCCUGGUUCUAAAGAAGAUGAUCCAGUGUCAGGGUGGGCAGCUGAGGUUUUAUUUAAUGCCACUUGUUUUGUGCACUGAAUACACUGAUUAAAUCAAGUAUACUGAGGUGGUACUUAACAAAUUAGGCCGAGUGAUUCCACUACACACCAGCCCGACCAUUAUGAGUCUGUUGCCAUGGCCACUUCUCCUCCAUAUGUGUCCGUUUGUGUGUUCGUGUGUGUUGGGGGGAAUGUACCAUCUGCUGUCCGGGUGACAGAACUUUAAUGGGGGUCAAGAUGCACAACUCAUAGUCAUUAAUGGGACUGAAACCUCUCACACUCAUUGUAUUAGAAAAUCAGGGAAAUUACAUAAAUCCAAUUCAUCAGAGACCCAUGACUCAUUCAAUACUUAACUACUUAACUGAAACAGAGUUAAUCCUCAGAUUCAAACUAUAUUUUUCCGCAUGUUUGACAGUCCUGUUGAUUUAUUUAUAUAUAUGUGUAGAAUGUGUGUAUGAUCAGAUCAGUGUGCUCUCAACAUCAGGUCAGGUUGUGUGUACAUCAUGAAAUGACCAUCUAGUUAAUGAAAUGACACAGCGUCGUGCUUCUCCUCCACAGUAAAAUCAAAUUACUCGCUCCUCCAAGGCUGUAAGAACAUUGCGUAACACGGUGUAGUGGUUUCGGUAACUGUCUUACGAGCAGACGCUGUUGUUGGAAUGCCACUAUAGGAGCCUCCUUCCAUCUUGAACAAGACUACAAAUCCAUUACUGCUCUCCUAAACUCCUGCACUAGCGAUGAAAACACACUAAUGCUAUUUCAUGGGAUUAAAAUG